AUGGUUGAGCUCAGCUGCCCCAGUGCAUUGUGGGGGAGAGAGGGUGUGAAGGCUGAUCUGGGCUCACUGUUCUCCAACUCCAGCCCCUUCGCCUUCUCCCAGUCCCUGCUCAUGGUGCCUCCGGUUGGGGAAGCCUCCAAAGCGGGGGUCCGGGCUUCAUUCGGGCCUUACUCUGUCAGCCAGCUGGUCUCUGGGCCCAUCCUCCCCCUCUCCCCUCCUCUGUCUGCGUCUCUCCUCUCUAAACACGUGGAGCGAGAGAGGGAUGAAGGAGGAAAGGAGAGGUACAGAGUGCGGGUGUUGUUCCAUGUACGAGGGGACACCAGCAGGGGGAGCUGUAUCACCCUCCACGCCUUCAAAGAGACCGAGGAGCAGAAGGCUUCGUGUGUCACACAGCCUCCAUUGGGUCUGUGUGUGGUGACCCUGGCCCUACCUAAGGACUGGUUUGAGGUGAACCAGACCAGCCAGCCCUACCUCGGCCCCAACCAGCGUGCCAGACACACACACCGACACCGCAGCCGUAAUCGGGGACGGCGGCACGAGGGUGUUGUCGUCGGUGGAGCUGGUGGCAUCCCCUUCCCAGGCGCCCUCAGAUACAGCCCCACCCACACUGGAGACCGCAUCCAGUUGUACUACUCAUUGUUCGGCACAGCGUCCAACAUCAAACUAGCACCCCCUAGGUGUGUGGAAGACAAAUUACCACAGUCUCAGAGACAGUUGAUUUAUAUAGGAGCUGUGACUCUGAGGGAGUACAAUAAGGGGAAAGAGGCCAACAGGACUAAAGAGGAAAUAGACUGUUGCAAUGGACAGGAAGAGGAGGAGCUACGGUUGGAUUCCAACGUGCUGAUUCGCUAUCGCAGGGGACCGGUCCGCACGGGACAGCCAAUAGGGAUUUCUGUGAACCUGAGGGCCAAUUUCAGUGCAGAGUUUGUUGUUAUCCGACUGAAGGUGAAGAAAGGCCUUUUGUCUCUGGUUGCCCAGCGCUCUCUGAACUCUGACCUCUGGGUUGUGAACCUGGAGAAAACGCAGGGCUCCAAACAUGACGUCAUCUCCAUCAUCUGCCACAAACUGGCGGGACACAUGGACAGUGACAGUCCCGCUGCUCUGCAGCAGGCUGCCUGUCUGUCAGUGGACGGCUUGCGAAGGAGUUUCGGGAUUGCCAUGACUGUGUCGGCCAGCUGGUGGGUGGAGUACUCAGGCCGUAAUAACCCUCCGACACCACGCGGCGGAGUAGUGAGCAGCUUCUCCUUCACUGACAGAGAGAUAGCGGGCAUCUCUCCCAUAACUGAGAGUGGCAUGAUCAUCAACACGGCCAUCUUGACCAGCGAGCCCGUGUCACUUCCUGUCAUUGUGCUGGCAGUGGGGCAUGAUGGGAAGGUGUCUGAUAUCACCGCGGCGGUGAAGUGUCAGUCGUCCAACGAUGAUAUCAUCAAGGUGUCAAGCGAUUGCUCAACCCUCUUCGUCGACGGAAGUGAAUCAGGGGUGGGCAGCACCUGCGUAGGGGUGGAGUUUCUCCUGGGCACGCUCAGUGGUUCCCUAUGUUUGUCGGUGUGGGCUCCUGUCGUCCCGCUGCGCGUCUCAUUGUCCGAUAACGAGCUGAGCGCCAUCGAUGGCUGGAACCACUACACGGAGAACGGCUGUUCUCCAGUGUAUCAGAGGUCCACGGUUCAGGUUCUGACCCAGUUCAGUGCUCAGGGGGGCCAGGGGCAGCUGACCUACUUGCUGGGCUCCUCUGAUUGGUUUGUGGAUGCCACAGAGUUGGUCCGUAAUUGGCUGAGGGUAGAGAAUCCACGCGUGGCGGUCCUCGACAAGCAGAGCAAUCUGAUUGGUCUACACCCGGGGAAAACUUCAGUUCGUGUCAUAUCAAGCCAAUGGGACGGUGUGCUGGGUAGCUGUGAUGUCACUGUGAUCUCUGAACCCGUGAACCCUGGUGACCUCUCAGUGCAGGUUGUGGGAGGACUCGGUAUGUCAAUCAAAGCAAGCCCUGCCCACCCUGCUGUUGUCACAGCAACAGUGACCGCAUACAAUAUUCUCUACAACCAUGGGCAGGAAGCGUCCAUCAGUGUCUGGCUCCAGUUCAGUGAUGAUAGCGCCACUUUGCUCUCCGCCUUCAGCCGUGGUACCUUCGCCCUGCGCGUCUCCUCAUUGGCAGAGACCGUGGUCACCGUGACGCCCGGCCCGUCUUUGCGCGUCGUAGCCCAGGGCGAAGGGGGCGGGCCUUUACUGAAAGCAGAACUCCUGGUCACCACCUGCAAGCCAAUGGCGAACUCCGUCGACGGGGACCUGGCCAAUCCGAAGGAAGGAAGCGGGACCAGGAGGCUGGCUAAAGGAUCUGGUUGGAUCAGGGUGAACCUGGACUCUGACCUUCGUCCAAUGGGGAGCGAGGAGGCGAACUUGGAGCUGCUCAACAUUUCGGACAUGUUGAUGGAGUCAUCUGACAGGGAUGUUCAGUACAGCAACUUCCCGGACAAUGACAUCAUCAUAGGGAACGUCACUGCCGUCAGCGGCGACGACUACUACGACAAGGCCGGCGAUGGGAUGAUCGCCAGGAACGACCUGGAGAGAGCGGUGUUGACCCCGAAUCACGAAGAGAGCGUGGUGUACUUCUCUCCCGGGGUGGAGCGAGAGAGGGAGGAGAAACUGGAGGAUAAAGAGAUGGAGGUGGGUUUCGGGGCAGUUCUCUCCCUCCUCUGCCUCGCCGCACUCCUCUUCCUGGUGAAUUGUCUGCCCUGUGCUUUGAGGGAGAGGAGGAAGAGGAAGGACAUGAACGAGGAGGGGGUGGAGGGAGUGGUGGAGGAAGAGUGGGAGGAAGGAGAAGAGGAGGCGAAGGAGGAGGACGAGGCAAAGGAGGUUGCAGAAAAGAACGAGAAAAUAACAUCAUACCCCAGGGUAAUAUCACUUCAUGAGACUACUACAGACGAGAACGAGAAAAUAACAUCAUACCCCAGGGUAAUAUCACUUCAUGAGACUACUACAGACGAGAACGAGAAAAUAACAUCAUACCCCAGGGUAAUAUCACUUCAUGAGACUACUACAGAAGAGAACGAGAAAAUAACAUCAUACCCCAGGAUAAUAUCACUUCAUGAGACUACUACAGACGAGAACGAAAAUAACAUCAUACCCCAGGAUAAUAUCACUUCAUGA